CUGUAUGCGAUUGCGAAAAAAACGAGAAGGAGAGGGGGUGAAGACGUGCGGGAGAGGGCGGGGGUGUGCAGGUGCAGUUUGCAUGUGUGUUUCAGUGUAAAUACAAAAUAGUGAUAAGUUGUCAUGAAGUUUGGCGGCUAGUUUCGGCUUAAAAACUCAAAAGUCCAAACUUAAACAAAGCGAGAUGAGCGCAUGACAGUGUUGUCAUUGACUUCGCCCGCGCUUACCGCCUGCAGCCGUGCGUGAUUGACUGCCAGCAAUCUGAUCCAGUGAAAGACAUUGACAACCAAUAGGAAACGGAGUGCGGCUUGUUUCCAUGGGAGGCCCCGGGAGGCGAUGCCAAGCCGCUAGAAAGCAACACAGUAAGCGGGGAGAGGCGCAGGCAGCAGCCGGGACUGUGGAGAUCCUGCAGCCGCUCUGUAGCUCUCUGCAGAUGAAAGCGGCGCGAAGUUGGUAGGGUGGCCGGACAGGAGACUGGAGACUUUGCAGAUUGCUCGCCCGUUAAAGCCACAACAGUGCAGAAUGGAUGGAUUUCACGAUCAGCAAGUGCCUUACUGUAACUCCAGAGGACCAUUUAAGUUUCAUCUAAUCAUCAAAGAUAAACAGCCAAACAAGCUGCAAGAAAAGACAACGAGCAGCGAGAGGCCAGCAAAUGACAGAAAGAGAAAAUUCAUUAAGUCCGACCUGGCUCUGGACACUGAAGAGCUCUUCCAGGACCUCAGUCAGCUGCAGGAGACUUGGCUAGCAGAAGCUCAAGUUCCCGACAAUGAUGAGCAGUUCGUUCCAGAUUUCCAGACUGAAAACUUGGCUUUCCACGGACUGCAGCUGAAGAUCAAGAGGGAGCUGCACAGCCCGUGUUCAGAGCUGAGCUCCAACUGUAGCCAGGAGCGGCCCUUCAAACUCCAGUAUGGAGAGAAGUGCCCGUACAGCAUCAGUGCCUAUGAGCAGAAGCAGCCCACAGGAAUGAAGCCCUCCAGCCCAGUGACACCCCCCUGUAGCACCCCUGUGUCCCCACUUCAUCAUGGCUCACCCACGGCAGCCCCAACACCCAAACCAGACAGGACCUACACCCACAUACCGCCCUCGCAGCCUCUCCCUGAUAACGCCUACACUAUGGACCACAGAUUUCGACGUCAGCUCUCAGAGCCUUGCCACUCGUUUCCCUCCCCGCCGACAAUGGCUCGGGACGGCCGGCCCAUCUACCACAGGCAGAUGUCGGAGCCCAACAUCCCUUUCCCUCCUCAAGGCUUCAAACAGGAGUACCCCGACCCCCUCUUCGAACACCCGGCCAUGAUGGGGGCCCCUAUUCCCCACACAUACCCAGCCGGCAUGAUGAUCAAGCAGGAGCCGAGGGACUUCACCUAUGACUCAGCAGAAGUGCCUAGCUGCCAUUCUGUCUACUUACGGCAAGACGGCUAUCUGGCUCACACUAACAGGACUGAAGGUUGUAUGUUUGACAAAGUGGCGAGGCACUUCUACGACGAUACCUGCGUGGUGCCUGAAAAGGUGGAAGGUGACAUCAAACAGGAGUCGGGCUUGUACCGUGAGGGCCCUUCGUACCAGCGCAGAGGCUCGCUGCAGCUCUGGCAGUUCCUGGUGGCUUUACUGGAUGACCCGUCCAACUCCCACUUCAUUGCCUGGACCGGCCGUGGCAUGGAGUUUAAACUCAUUGAGCCAGAAGAGGUGGCACGUCGGUGGGGGAUACAGAAGAACCGGCCAGCGAUGAAUUACGACAAACUCAGCAGAUCAUUGCGCUACUACUACGAGAAGGGAAUCAUGCAGAAGGUGGCCGGCGAGAGAUAUGUCUACAAGUUCGUGUGUGACCCCGAGGCCUUGUUCUCCAUGGCGUUUCCUGACAAUCAGCGGCCAGUGCUGAAAACUGACAUGGAGCGGCAGAUCAACGAGGAGGACACGGUGCCGCUGUCGCACUUUGACGAAAACAUGGCAUACGUACAGGAGGGACCCUACUGCCAGCCGCACCCCUACAGCGAGGGCUAUGUUUAUUAACGUCAACCCCACAAAACCCACACCUCCACCCUACCUUCCUCCCACCUCCCUCCAUCCGUACACAUGAGACUGUCUUGUCCUCUAACUCGCAGCCGCUCGGGGAAUUAGACUGAACACACACGUGCAGCGGCACUUCCCUUCCCCUCUGUCUCAAACACGUACACGUCCUUUUGCUCUUGUCUUUCUGACCGCACAGCAAGAUGGAGAGUGCACUUUAUGGACCAGAAUGGCGCGACGUUAGCCUGCCAGGGGCUAGCUAUGUGAUUGGCUUUUUACUCAUUUAUGUUUGUACAUUAAUGUGGGAAUCAUUCCGUUUGUUUGGUUGUUUUUUUGAACUCCUUAUGAUUUUGAGCAUGUGCCGCCCUAACGAGACUGGACUAAUUUACGGUCACUUUGAUCUCCGGCUAAAGAAACCGUCUCAUCUACACUCACAAAAGAUGGCCAUUUGUUUGACUGUCUUUCUUUUUGUCUUCAUCCUGUACUGGAAACGUGUUAACGAUACUUUUAUGGUGAAGUGACAUGAUUAUAGACUUGAAAAAGUAAUGUGAUUAUAAAAAAGACAUUUAGCUAUCAGUGAGAACUGCCUCGCCACCGGUCUGAACACCGCACCUCUGUCCGUCAACGCCCGUCGUCCAAUCAGACUGUAGAUUUCAUCAUGUAGGUGUUGUAAUGACAUAAACUCCACUGGAUCCUCAGCAGCUUGACAACCUUGUGGGUCAGUAAAGAUGAGACUUUCACUUACAAGGACGCACUCCAGGAAAAAAAAUGUCUGGAUGACAAAAAAAAUACUUUCUCUGCGUCACACAUGAAUGGCCUGCGUUUAGGAUCGAAGACAAAGCUACAGGCUGCUGUAAAAUAAGUCAUUCACUGUAAACAGCAGGUUCCUUUCUGUUCUGUAAUGAGUCAGAGCAGGAGUCACUCAUUUGUCCUUCAGGUGUUCAGUUUUUCAGUGGAUAACAGGUGAAAAGUGUAUGUACAGUCAAAGUGGUUACAGCAACCAGUCAGUUCAUAUUCAGGAUAAUGUUUGCAUCCCCAGCUAAAAGACAAAAAAACAUCUGAUUUCACUGGCACAGACAAUAAAAAGGAAAAAAAAGAUAAAAAAUCAAAUUUCUCCCUUGAACUGUUUUCAGUUUUGUUCCAGGUGAACGAGAGGUGUAUAUUUUGCUUAAAAACUGUUGCUUUGCCAUUAAUAGGUUGCUUUUUGGUUUAAAAAAAACAACGUAAAAGAAAUAUUUAGAGUUUUAUAAUGUGAUGAAUAAAAAUCAUGGUAUAUUAAAUUGUUCCAUUGUAUAAUCAGGUAAAUGCACAUUUUGUUGCUGCUUCAAAUUGUAAGUGUAUUUUCUAGUCUCGAGAAAAUGACAACAGGAAAAAAAAGGAAAAAAAAAACAGUGCGGCAGCUAUGGCCUGCUAUUCUGGAUUUCUCUUUAUUUUUUGUCUCUUUUUUUUUUCGUCAAUUUCAGCAUUAAAAAAAAUUACUCUGAAUUUUGUUCUCAAGAUUCACGUGUGUGGGAUGGGAUUGGCAAUAGGAAACAUUCUGUAAUAAAAUAGUUCUGAAAAACAAAGUGAUGACCACUUCUCAAAUGUUUUAAUUGAUCAUAAUAUAAAGAAAAGUUUAAGAGC